AUGUACGUGUUUUUGAUUCCUCAGGCAUCAAGCACAACGGCUCCUUGGCCUCUUGUACUCACUCCUUGGGAGAUAAAAGAUAUUGAAUCUAUCCUGGCUGAGUACGAGGGUGAUAGGCUUUGCAAAAACUCAACACGCGAUCUUUCCACACACUGCCUUGCUGUGGCCGGAUUGUUUAAGGAACGAGCCUGGUUAACUCAGGUAAGUAAUCAGUGA